AUGGGGCAUUCACAGCUGGUCCUGGAUGAAUCCAACAAGCAAGCUGAUAUAGAAACAGUUAAACUGUCAGAUACGUCAGAUAACGAGGCCGAAAACGAGUCUAUGUUGAAGAAACUACUUGGUAAUGAUGAAAAAGAAGCUGCAAAAGAAGAAUUUGUCGAUAAAACAGAACAGAAGAAUGAAGAGCCAUCUGGAAGUGAUAUGAAUAUCGUUGAGUUGGAAGAAAGUUCUUCUGAGGAUGACAUACAAGAAGUGAAAAAGGCUUCCAAAUCAGAAAAAAGCACGCUCAUAACAGUAGACGGUUUAAACAUUACCAUACCAGGGUGCGUGGAAGUGAGCAAUGUGAAGGUCGCCCAUACACCAAACGUGGAGAAAGAAGCAGUGAUCCAGGGUACUGAUGAUAAGACAUCUGCAGAGAAGCCUAAACCAAAGUUCAGCCUGGAAAUUUUCAGUCUAGAUUCAGAUGAGGAAGACAGUGGUGGAGCAGAGCGGAACGGGCCUGAGAAGUGUUUUGAAUAA